AAAAUCUCAAACUCCUAAAAGAACAUCUCCCAUUUCAUUUUUCUUCUCCUCUGCUAUUUUCCUCCCUUGCCACAAUGCAUCAAACAUAGUUUACCUUAUUUCUCUCCUCCUAAAGGGACCUGGGAUUCCCAUGUUUGUUCUUGUUCAUCCCUUGAAAAUUUCCCUUAUAACAUAUAUACAAUAAAGUUAAGGGAAAUUAUGGUCAAAGCCAUGGAACAAGAACAGGAAGGUAACAGGUCCAAACUCUUCAAUUUCAAAGGAAUGUUUGACAAUACAGGGAGGCAUGCAAAGAGUUUGAGCGUUGAGAGUGCCACCGCAUUAGAUCCUGCAGCUUCAGAGGAAGAUCCAGUGUCGUCAAAAAGUCAGGGAUCAAAAACUCAGAAUGAUCAAGACAAGGUUCCUAAGCCAAAGGUGAACAAGGAGGAAAUUAUAGCCAAAGAAAAACUACUGCAAGAAAUGGAACAGAUGAAGGAGAGAUUUGCUAAACUCCUGUUGGGGGAGGAUAUGUCUGGUGGAGGAAAGGGUGUUUCUUCAGCUUUGGCAUUGUCAAAUGCAUUCACAAAUCUUGCAGCUGCUGUUUUUGGAGAGCAAAAGCGCCUAGAGCCAAUGCCGCCAGAAAGGAAGGCAAGAUGGAGAAAAGAAAUCGAUUGGCUUCUAUCAGUCACCGAUUACAUUGUUGAAAUGGUUCCUGUGCAACAAAAAAACAAGGAUGGCACAGUCAUGGAGGUUAUGACAACACGACAGAGAACUGAUCUUCACAUGAAUAUCCCUGCCUUACGAAAGCUUGAUACAAUGCUCAUUGACAGUCUGGAUAACUUCAAAGACCAAAAUGAGUUCUAUUAUGUAUCAAGAGAUGCAGAUGACCCAGAUAACAGAAAAAACGAUAACAAGUGGUGGUUGCCUACACCUAAGGUUCCUCCAGAGGGUCUAUCUGAGUCAGCAAGAAGGUUUGUUCAGUAUCAGAAAGAUUGUGUGAACCAAGUUCUUAAAGCAGCCAUGGCCAUAAAUGCUCAAACUCUAUCAGAAAUGGAAAUCCCUGAAAGCUAUAUUGAAUCCCUGCCCAAGAAUGGAAGAUCAAGUCUUGGAGACAUGAUAUACAGGAGCAUCACAGAAGAAUUUUUCGACCCUGAUCAGCUCCUAGCAUCUAUGGACAUGUCAUCAGAACACAAAAUUCUAGAUCUCAAGGACAGAAUUGAAGCAUCCAUUGUGAUUUGGAGGCGGAAGAUGAACCAAAAAGAUUGUAAAUCAUCUUGGGGUUCUGCAGUAAGCAUUGAGAAGAGAGAACUCUUUGAAGAGAGAGCAGAAACCAUUUUACUUCUCCUAAAGCAUCGUUUCCCAGGAAUUCCUCAAUCUGCAUUGGAUAUAAGCAAAAUCCAAUAUAACGGGGAUGUGGGGCAAGCUGUUCUUGAAAGUUAUUCAAGAAUAUUGGAGAGUUUAGCCUUCACAGUGCUGUCAAGAAUAGAAGAUGUACUCCACGCAGAUUACCUCACUCAAAAUCCACCAAAUUCAAGUAGAAGAAGUGUUUCGAGAAACACAACUUCGAAAUCAGAUAAGUCUCCAACUCCAAAAGAAGAGGUGGUGGAAAAGGGUAGCACAGAAACAAUGACACUAUCAGAUUUCAUGGGUUGGAGCAGUGAUCAAGGUGAAUCAGACCUUAAGAGAGACCCCUCAGAUGAUUUCUACAAUGACAUGGAUAAUGGAAAGCCCCAGAAGCUUCCAGAAAUAGUGACCGACAAGAAAGUCUCCUACCUUGAGACAUUGGGAGGCAUGAGAAGUCCAACAGCACGCCAUUAAUCCAAAAUUUGAAGUGUAAACACUUAAAAAGGGAGAGAAAGAAAGCGUUAAAAUCAGUUUGUGUAGCCUGUGGUCUGUGGAGAGAGUUUUUUAAAACAUAAUUAUUUAUAUCAUCUAUUCGUUUUUUCUUUUGUACAUAGGAAUGUAUGGAUACAUAAAUUUUCAACGGUUUCA